CACAGACAUCGAUCCAUCCAUCCAUUGCGAUAGAGCUGCCUUACACACAACAGAGACGUCGGAUGAAUCACGUCAUGUCUGCAUCAGCAGCAUCUGGGGGGCCGGCUGCCUUUCUCUCUGUCUCUCCUUCGCCAUGCCCACAUAGUGCCUCUCAGCCUCGUCCCUCCUCGGCACCACACGCACCUCGUUGAUCCGCCUCCCAUCGCUCGCCGUCACGUGGAAGUCAUACGGCACCUUGCCCAGCAGGAUGUGGUCGCCCACAGAGGGAAUCCGCCCGGCCUCGUUGCACAGAAAACCGCUCAGUGUUUGGAAGCUUCUGAAGUCUUCCUCAGUGAUGAUGGCUCCCAGCUGCUGCCCCAGGACGUUGCACACGUCUUCAAGUUCGGCGUUGCCCUUUAUGGAAUAGCAGUCUGUGCUCUCGUCAUAGUAGAUGAGGGCGCUCUUGGCUCUGCGGGACUGGGAGGGCUCGGAGGCGCCCUUGAAUUCGCUGGACGAGGAGGCGUAGAGCUGAUCGUCUUCGCUUUUCAUGAUCUCUUCUAAUAUGUCUUCCAUCGUCACUGACCGAUAUGCACACAAUAGAGACAUGGCAGACCCACUCGCAAAUGCCAUGGUGCGUGUGGGUCUCUCCUUACCAAUGCCAGCAGUACCGCCGUAUUCAUCAGCCACAAGAACCAUGCGCAGAUUGCGUUUUCGGAUCUCCUGCACACACACACACACACAUGGACGGAGAGUGACCAGCCGUAGCAUUGGCCCCCCUCCCUCUUUGUUCAUCUGGGCGUACCUGAAAGACGGCGAACACGCUCAUGGUCUCGGGCACCACGUACGCCACCCCCAUCAGCUGUUCCACGCUUGUGUUGUCGAAACUCGCCUGCGAUGGCGUCCACCUCUCCCCGCCCUCAGUGCCGUGGGGAUAGUCGAUGUUGAUCAGGUCCUUGACACUCAACACGCCCACGAUGCGAUCGAUCUCACCGUCAAUCACCGGCAGCCGGUGGUGUCGGGUCUCCUGACAAACCUUCAGGAACUCAGAAACAGUGGCCGUCUUGUCGAUGGCCACAAUGUCCACUCGGGGACACAUGACCUCCUUGAUUGCCCGGCUCUGCAGCAGCUCCGCUGUGGCAAAUGCACUGCCGGACGCGCCGUCCCCCUGCGCGUCCACCUCCUUUACUACUCGCUGCUGUAAUGGGGGCAGGGGGAACCGAAGCCCACCAAACCGCGACACAGGCAAUCCCAGCACCAGGAGCAUCUCACGACACCGGCCGGUAGCCCACCGCCAUCCCGUCCGCAGAGGGCAGAGCACCCCGUUGAUAGCAUUGACAGGAGGGAGGACACGGCGGCACACCCACUCUGGCAAAGCGGCGCCCACCGAGCGAGGCACGAACUCCCCCAAGACGAAGGUGAGAAAGGCCAGCACGGUGAUGGCCGAGAGAAUCGGCGGCUGCCCCAGCGCCUUGCCACUGCGGAAGAGCUUGGCAAGAUGAUGGAGCGGGGCGAGAUGGGCUGCCAUAACUCGGGACACAGCCACCAACACGAAGACCACAGCUGCGGCUGAGCUGACGAGCGAUUGCAGAGCAUAGAGGGUCGCCAGGAUGCCGCUGUCGGACGGCUUUUGCAGCGGCACAAACACUGACAGCCUCCCCUCCUUGUCAACGAUCUCGUCGAUCUCCGAGGCAUCCAGCGAUGCAAUGGCCGUCUCGGCUGCGUUGAGCAGCACCUGUAUGCCGAACAGAGCCACCCACAGGACACACAGCUGGUUGCCGAUCACAAAGUGGCCCGCUCCCAUGGCCAUCUCCAUCAGUCGUCGAAGCACACCAAUGGCUGAAGUGACGGGAGUGGGAGCAGUCGGAACGGGAGCAGCUGCCAAGAGGCGCCCAUGCGCGGCAGUGGGGGUUCGCACAGUUGAGAGCGAAUAGCAGCGCCGGGACAGAGAUGGCGGCGUGGCCUUGCGCGGCCGACUGGUCCAUGAUGGGCUGAAAGUGAAGCCGCAGCAUUCAUUGCUGAGCAUCGAUGGACCCGUCUGAGUGCCGAGCAGCUGAGAAAAAGUCAUCAAAGCACCGAUAUUCCUCAUUCCUCACACAGAUCCAGCCAUCACUCAAGCGGCACCAGCGGCAGAGAUCCGAAUCAUUCUUCCGCCACGGUACUCAUCAUGUUUAGGCGCGGCGAUGGCCAGGAGUGUGUACGCAUACCAAGCGCUGCCAUGUUUUUG